AUGCACAACAGGAACGAACCUUCACAACCGCAGCCUGAUCCACCAGUUAUCAGCAAUCACAAUAGCUCUAUUGUUGGUAGGGAGACCCGAACCUCAUCCAAGAAAAGAGUGCGACCAGGGAAAGACAUUAAGCGCUGGGCGUUAAAUAAAAAGAAAGCAGCUGCGCCGUUUGAAGGAUCUCCUUCAAUUAAUCAAACCGAAGCCGCUGAGACCCACGAUUCUCCUGACUCUGAACUCACCAACAACGACAACAACAACAACAACGAACAUAGCCAACAAAAUCAAGAACAACAUGUCUACUUCUAUUUUGUUCCCCCUCACCGACAGGUUGACCCCAACCCCUCUGAAGCAAUCACCACCCAAAACACCCUACAACAGUACCAUCAUCUCACUCAUGGUACUUGCGUUGCUGCACCUCGAGGUGGGCCAGCCUUCUGCAAGGUUAAAUAUGUUCCUUUUGCCACCAUGUCUCCCGAACAGAUUCAAGGUUGGGAGAAGCUUGUCUGCCACUUCUUUGAUCGGACCAAUUACGUCGAGGCUGUCAAAAACAAUGGGCCUCAAAUGGCAGGAGAUAUGUGGGCUGAUGGAUGGCGUAAGUGCUCAAAGAAAGAAUCCUUUGGACGUUAUUGCUUGGUUGGUAAACUCGUGAAGAUGAUGCUUCGGGCCAACUACAAUCCUCAAGACGAAGCUACCUCAAUCAAAGAAGCCAGUGACUUCAUCGCAAUCCAACUCCAACAUCUUGCCCCAGGUGUCUUCGAAUCAUACCGCAAAACCCUUAUCAGCAACAACUUGCCAUCCAUGGCUCAUAUGGAAUAUCCCUUGCCUUACGACGCUCUGGAUUUUGCCUCCUUCCUCACGUUCACCAUGUACAACUUCCACAACGGACCCCACAAGGACUCUGACGCAAACAACUGGACUCUUGUCUGCUGGAUUCCUAUUUUCAACCCACGCACCGCUUCAGACGACGAUCCAAUUUUGGCCGAUGAAGGUUUUGAUAUGUUGGGAGGUCAAUUCACCUUUAGGAAAUUUCAACUCUGCUUAGACUUGCAUCAUGUUUUGGGUGUUACUCUUUGUGUUUUCAAGUCCAAUUCUCACACACACCAGACUCUUCCUGGAGCUUCUCCAUCUGACAGGUAUACUCGUAUAGGUUUCUCUUGUCAGAUGUCUGAAGCUAUGACUCAUGCUGUAGUUGCUUACAUUAAUGGUACAGCUCCUACCCUUGAUGUGGCUGGGAAACAAAAACAAAUAUCCAAUGCUCAGAGGAAGUUGUAA